GCGCCCCUCCGCCUGGCGCGCGGCGUGGUCACGCCCAGCGCAGGCAUUAGCGCCCCCCGGUGCGGGGCGCGGGUGCCCGGGCAUCCUCUGGCGCGGCGGCGGCUCCGGCUCCUCCGGCUCCUCCUUCCCCGGCACCUCGGAGCGCCGCGGGCGGGCGCGGAGCGGCUCUCGGCGCCAGUCCUUGCGCUCUCCGCCGCCGGACAACGCCAUGAAGCCGGCGGUGCUGGAAGUAAUGAGGAUGAACCGGGUGUGCAGGAUGGUCCUGGUCACUUCCGUGGGCUCCUUCAUCCUCGUCAUCUUCUAUUUCCAAAGUAUGUUGCACCCAGUAAUGCGUAGAAAUCCAUUUGGGAUGGACAUUUGCUGCCGGAAAGGAUCCAGAAGCCCGCUCCAGGAACUGUAUAAUCCCACCCAGUUGUCCAACACAGCAAUUCUUCAUCAGAUUAGACGAGACCAAGUGAUAGACACGUGCCGAGCAAACAGCGUAUCUAGCAGGAAGCGCCGUGUGCUGACACCCAAUGAUCUCAAGCACCUAGUCGUGGAUGAAGACCAUGAAAUGAUCUAUUGCUAUGUUCCCAAAGUGGCCUGCACAAACUGGAAGAGAGUCAUGAUGGUUUUGACGGGAAGAGGCAAGUACAGCGAUCCAAUGGAAAUACCAGCCAAUGAAGCCCAUGUGUCUUCGAACCUGAAGACCCUCAACCAGUACAGCAUCCCAGAGAUCAACCACCGCUUGAAAAACUACAUGAAGUUCCUCUUUGUUCGCGAGCCUUUCGAGAGACUGGUGUCAGCCUACAGGAACAAGUUCACCCAGAAGUACAACACUUCCUUCCACAAGCGAUAUGGCACCAAAAUCGUGAGGCGCCAGAGGAAAAACGCAACCCAGGAAGCUCUGCGUAAAGGCGAUGACGUGAAAUUUGAAGAGUUUGUGGCGUAUCUCAUUGACCCGCACACCCAAAGAGAAGAGCCCUUCAACGAGCACUGGCAGACUGUGUACUCCCUCUGCCACCCUUGCCACAUCCACUACGACCUCAUAGGAAAAUACGAAACGCUCGAAGAGGAUUCGAAUUACAUUCUCCAGCUGGCGGGAGUAGGCAACUACCUGAAGUUCCCCACCUAUGCAAAGUCUACGAGAACUACUGACGAAAUGACCACAGAGUUCUUCCAGAACAUCAGCUCCGAGCACCAAACGCAGCUGUAUGAAGUCUACAAACUUGAUUUUUUAAUGUUCAAUUACUCAGUGCCAAGCUACCUGAAAUUGGAAUGAGGGAUGGGUUGGGGGGAGAGAGGGGAGAGAAAGCCUGUUUUAUUUAAGAUUUUUAUUUGUCAUAAUAAAUAUGGAGAAUGGGUUAUUUUGUAAAUUAAUAUUUUUUUUGAAUGAUGCUGCGAGCAGCACAGUCAAAAUUAUUUAAAUCAACUGUAAGAAAGGACAGCUCUCUUUGCAGGGUAACAGGAUUGUGACGAUCUAGCUGUAGAAAUGAAUAAUACUGCUACACUGUUUAAAAAAAAAGUUAAUUGUGUUCUGGUGAAUUUCAUUGAUCUUGCAUUGCUCCAAUUCUAAUUAAUGUUAUUUAUACUUAUUUAAAACAUGGUCUCUUGGUAGGUGUCACUUCAGCAGCAGAGAUAAGAUAACAUUUGGACAAAAGGAGUCUGGUUUUGUGCUUUCCUCAGUUGAGCUUGUCUCUGGGUAAUAAUACUCUUCCAUUAGCCGUUGAUGCAGGUAAAUAUGGGAACGGUUCUUGACACCACACGUUUUGAGAAGAGUGGUGGAAAUAAUUUCUUCAGAAAGUGAUAAUGCACUCAAGUGUACUAAAAAAAUUAAAUCUGUCUUUCUAGCCCUGAAAAGGAAAAGUAAAAGAGAUUUUGAUAGAUUCAUGAUAGCUAAACCCAUGACUGAAAGAAAUGUGAAUGUAUUCCUUGGGAAGAGAAACCAUGAACUUUUUGUAAGUCUGGACUUAAUGAGUUUAUCAAGAAUAUGACCAGUCCCAUUGUGUCUUAAUUUGAAGCCUGCCAGCCCAAAUGAAUGCAGAUUUGCAGAUAGUCCAUCAGAAAAAAUCAGCAUUUUGAAAGUGACUGUAGAGAUUUUUGAAUGCCCAAAGCAAUUAGCAUUGACAUAAUUCAUAUCCAGGCUGGGGCUGGGGAGAGCUCCGUCCUCUGCAAGUCUUGCCUCCCUAUCUGAUCUUAAGAUGGACAACCGAAAUUGGCUCGAAAGACACCGGUCAUGAUACGUUGCUAUAAAGGAUGUGGGCAUGUCAUUUGAAAAGUCAGAAAGUCAUCUUCAUGUUGAUCUCUAAGCAUGCAAGGUAAUAAAAAAGGUCUCAUCCUCCUGCAUGCUGGUUUCAUGGCUUUUUCCUAGGGGGAAGAGGGAGUCAUCUUUUUCUUUAGUUGAUGCCUAAAUACCAUUGACAGGGAUGUUUCUAAUUUCCAGUGGGUUAGUAUUUCAUCUAAGUCAGCUCUAGUGUGAGAUCAUGACCUUUUUACUUAAGGUGAAUGUCUGAGUGGCAGUUGUUUUGUGUAUAACACCUUGUUGGGAUGGCAGACUGUACCAGGUGUAGCAUACCGAGCAAUUGAUUUGGGCAAGCAAGUAGUAAUCUAUUCACGGCAAAUAAAGAAUGCAAAAUGAGAUUUCAGCGUGGAUCUAUUAGCAAGCUAGUGAGCAGAAGUACAGGCUUCUCCACAUGUCUGUUUUAAUUUGAGGCAGGCGAGGUGUAUGGCCAAGCGGGCGGCCGGCGCCUGCCUGGGGACUGGUCUGUAGUCACCCCAAGCUCUCCCGUCCCGGGGCGGCAGCGCUGGCGGCCAGCUGAUGGGCAAAAGGAGGCAGAGGCUUAAAUCAAGGCACAGGGGGGAACCCAAAAUCUCUUUUAAAGUUGAUUGAUGGUUAAAAUGGGGUUUUAACUUGCCUGCACGUCAAGCUUACGAUCAAACCAAACCAUUCCAAAACUUACUGAAGAUUCGAAUAAACUCAGCUGAAGGCAGAGCUGCUUUAACAGUAUCAGAGCCAGAUCUUGAAAAUGUCGUAUUGUACAGUAGCCAGUAAUAUCCACUGACUUGCAUUAGUCUCCAGGACAGAUAUGUGGUUAAAGGAGAAAAAUAGGUUCCAUCUUAUUUUAUAAAAAUAAGUCGCCGAAUAAAUCUCAGUGAAGAACAAAUUAACAUAACAAACAGCAGCUGAAGUCCUUUCACAAUUGGAUUUGGUCUUAGCCAGGAUUCGGGUCAUUAUUUUUUUUUAUCAUACCCUGCAAAUAAAUCUCUCGUCCAUUCUGGAACAGCCACAGUUUUCAUAACCCAGGUCCUAUUUAUAACCCGGAGUGCUGACCCAGUGGCUAGCGAAGAGCUGGCUGUCUGCGCCUGACAGCUCUGAAUUCCUGAGCGGUUGCUGAUCGCUGGCUUGUUUUACUUGAAAGCAGUUUUGUCUCAUUUAGAGUACGUGGAGCUGUUGCAAGUGCCUAUCACAGUGUGCCCUGGCUUUCUUUUGUUUGUAGUUCAAUGGUUAUAUGUUUGUUAAAAAAAAAAAAAAAAUCUGUCUGAGGGUAGAUUCCCCCUCUCCCCCCCCCAAAUAUUUCCCGCAAGCUGUUUGUGUGCUUGUUUCAUCUUGUAUCUGACAGUGUUCAUAUUUUGGUCCAAUUCUCUCUUCAGUUAGCUGUUAAUCCUUCCAGCAGAAUGUGAUGUGAAUUUUUUCAUUUAAGAAAAAAGUUGCUUCAGAAAGUAAAUAAUUUUCAAAGGGAGUGUGCUUCCCCCCUCCUUUUUGUACUUUGUCAUCACCAUGGUUUUGUCUGUUCUGAAAUACUCUCUUUAGUUUCACUGCUUUGGAGACACAAAACCCCUAUUUGACAGCUAUGAUAGAAAAGCUUUAGGUGAAAAACAUGUUCAGGAGAUCUGAGGGGUGAGCGCUGCUCGAGCCAGGAUUUUUAGCAGGAGCUUUGGGUUUGAUUACCCAAAUUCUGCCUCCCCGCAGAGGGCUGCCUUUUGGGCGGAUGCUCAGCACUGAGAUGGCUUUUAUUUGGACUUAAGUGGGUACUUAAAAGUCACUUGCUUUUUAAAAACCUUGAUCCCAAACUACUACAAACUGUCCAUUUAGUGUGUUAUAUGCAUUUUGGGGUGCUGUGAAUGGGCUGUAGGUCUGUGUUUAAAAUGAACAGCUGACAUGCUGGCUAUGAUCGUGUCCUGCACGGUGAGCACGAAGCCCUCAGCAGGUCAGAUGAGGACCACAAAUGUUAAGGAACAGCGGGUUUUUUUUUUUGGUCUGCUGGGUGUGUUGACUGAGCCAAAAAAUAUCUCUUUCCACUGCACCCACACAGGAGGAUGUUCUGGAUUGUUCCUCCUUAUCUCAGCGAGCUGGUGGCCACCACCUGCAGUGCGGGAGCAGUCGGGGAACCAGGUUGGUUUUACCCCCACCUCCUUACUGGGUUUCCCAGCCGGAGGAGAAGAGGGGCUGGUCUGCUCCUGACCUCUGCCUCCCUGCCCGGUUCAUUUCUGCUGUGGCCACGGCUGGUCCCGGGAGCCAGACAGGCAAAUCUGCAGCCCCAGCAAAAUGCAAAAUACAGAUGUGCCUGUGGGGCCGCAAGGGCCACCCGGGGAGCUGCCGGUUUAGAAGAAUGUGCGUUUAGUUCUGGUCGAGCAGUGGUGAGCGCAGAGAGGACCCAGCGGGGAAGGUCCCGCUCCCCACCUCUGCCCCCAGCCCCCUCAAAAGCCGCUGGGCUCGGGAGCAGUGAUCCCCAUCUCCGAGCAGCCGGUGCCUCCCUGUCAUUUGGCAGGGCCAGCGCUGAGCCCAGCAGUGCCUGCGGCUCCUUACCCACAGCCGGGGGUUCGUUCCCCCCCCCCAGAUGGCCCCAAGCACCUUUACCUGGUGCCCAGGCUGGAUUUGGCCCAUCUGAACACGCUGGUGACUCCUGGGUGGUAGGAGGUUCCCCCAAACCUGACUCGGUCCACGCUUCAGCCUCUUCAUAAACCAUGUCCAUUAUCACAGAAACAUGCGAGCUGCCUGAACCACGCGCUGUGUAAAACAAGUGAAAUAAAUAAUCCACAAGCAGAAGUGCUUUUAGAAGUAAGUUGACCCCAGAUGUUUUAGGGUUUCACUGUAGUCUGCUGCACUUUUCAGGUACAAAAAGGGACUGUCCUUACUAUUACUCUUGUUACAGAGAGUGUUAUUUUCUUACAUGCAUGCACAAUACAAUGUGUACGAAUAAUUUAACAUCAAUGUGGGGUUGGAUUUUUUUUUUUUUUAACCUAUUUGUAUGCAGUAGAAGGCUUGUUGUAGAAAAGUAUCUCCUCAUACCUAAAUAUACUGUUAAUAAAGGAAAAAGCUAAAUUAUACAUUGCCAACACAAGUGUGAACUGCUCAUGAAUCUUUCCUUAAAAAAGCCAUUCAAGCCUGAUUAUUUUUCUAAGUAACUUCAAUUAAAUUGAAGAAAGAAAGUU